UUUGACAUCCCAAAACCAAAAGACAAAAAGCUAUCUAUGUAUGCUGUUCUGUUUCUUUUCUCAAAUGUUGUCAUCAGCAAAGCAAAAGAUCAACCAGAGUGCUUUUUCAAUUUCCUCAUCAUCAUCCUCACUAUCUCAUUCACACUCACAAGCCAAGAACAUGACUCAAGUCACCAUGGAAGAAGUAUGGAAAGAAAUCAACCUUGCUUCGCUUCACCAACAUCGCCAGCUAAACAUUGAUCAUGAGCCAAUGUUGAGGAACCAAAACCCUUAUAACUCCAUCUUCCAAGAUUUUCUCAACAUGCCUCUGAAUCAACAACAACCACCACCUUCUACUUCUUCUUUUCCGCUUCCUCCUCCUGCAACUGUUCUCACCUUGAAUCCUCACUCCAUUCAUACCCAAUUUGAGGAAUCUGCAAAGUUUGGUUGUUUUGGGAAGAAAAGAAGCCAAGAUUCUGAUGAAAGCAGAGGAGACAGAAGGCAUAAGCGUAUGAUCAAGAACAGAGAAUCUGCUGCUCGUUCCAGGGCUAGGAAACAGGAAUGUGCAUACACAAACGAGCUGGAGCUUGAAAUUGCACAUCUUCAGAAGGAGAAUGCAAGACUCAAGAAACAAGAAGAGCAGUUGAAAAUGGCGGAAGCAACACAACACCAAACAAAGAAAACACUUCAACGGUCUUGGACAGCUCCUUUUUGAGAAAAAUCUAUGUGUUUCUCAUUGAGAAGAGAAACAGGGAAAUAUCUGUACAUUUCUAGCUAAGGUAAAUUUGUGGAUGUAGUAAUUUAGGGGAGUGUAGAAAAGUAUCUAGAAAACAAAAAAAAAAAAGAAAGAAAGAAAUGAACUUUCUUCUUCAUUUUCUGUCGUUUUCCUAUCAACCCUUUUGACUUAUGUACUAUUCUCUUCUGAGCCCUGUACUCUAGUGCAAAAUAUAAGGCUCUGUUUUCACUUUUCACUGUUUUGAACGCAUUACUGCAUACUGUAGUUCUUG